ACAGGAAGAUGUUUGUGCUGGUGCCUGCUUUGGGAAGCUCUUCUUCUAGGCACUUGGGUGAACUGCUCUGCACACAGUGUGUUCCUGAGCCAGUUGACCCAGUUUCAAGAUCCGAGUGGAGGAAGAGGGUGGAAGAGUGAGAUUACUUGUUGGUAAAUGUGGAAAUCCAUGAUACUUGUGUCAUGUGUGCGCCGUCUGACCUUGGUGGUGACUCACCAUUGAGCUCUUCCAAAUCUACUUACCUGUACCACGAGUAGGUUUGAAAAACUGUAUGUUUGAAGACUAAAUCUGGUGGUUGUAGAUCCUAUAGGCCCUUUCUCAGGCCUUGAAAGCGACGCAAGUGUUAGGAAUCAGGUCAAGGGAUUUCCUAUUUCACUCAGAUGUCUUGAUUGAAAAUUAGAGGUGGCAAACAUUACAAGAUUUUGGGGAUUCCUUUGCACAUCUCUCCCAUUUUCCUCAGUCUCCACAUCCUCAGGGAGCAGUCAGGAAUGGCAUCCAAAAAGCCAGAGGUUUGCAGUAGGGCUGUGUCCUCAUCAGAAUAGUCCAGUAAUGGGUUAGAUCUUUGGAGAGGGGGUCUAAACCCCAGAGCUAUGAAGCAGCAUGGUAUAAUUUGUUUGCAUGACUGUGUUGGAGAGAAACAGGAGAUUCAGGAGUGAAAAAGCUGCAGAGUAUUGCCUGUUUCCUCUAGGCAGUGUUACAGACUGAGUGGCAAAGCAUGGUGAGAUACUCUUAGAAUAGAGAGUUCAUCAUCUGCACUUCCACUGCCACCUUACAGCUCAUUCCAUCUCCUUGUCUCCUCCUCCAUGUAGUAGCAUGAGAUCUGUUGAUCGUAAGGGCUGAAAAUUGAUGCUGGUGGUGGAUGAGGUCUGCAGUAGCACUCAUUAUGGGUUAGAAAGUUUUCUUUACAAUUUUGUUCUCAUUACCAGGCAGUGAGCUGAUCUUAUGGCCUUAUGGCCUCUGAAUGCAGUGCUUGCUGGCAGGAUAAAUCCACCUACACGCUGACCUUGGUGCAGCUUCAAUCUGCUGGGGUUCUUUGUGUGUGUGUCUCUCCAAAGGGAGCAGGUUGUAGCUAUUUCUUCUUGAAAAUGGUCCUGUUUGUGAGAAAGUGACAGCGUCAUUGCGACUGUUCUGUGAAAGGAGGAUUGCUGUGCAGUUUCCUGGUGGGAGCCACAGUGGAAUAAGCUUGAAGGAGAAACCGAGUCCUGCAUAUCAGACCUUUGCAUCUUGUAAGGGAAUGGUGAGAGCUGCUUCCUUGUAAGACACGGGUCAGGAAAUGAAGUAUUGCUAGCACCUGUGAAUGAGCCCCUGGUCACUGAUGGAGUCAUCUUUCAGAGCAGUCAGAGCACAAGCAAAAUCCACUGUGUUUGUAGUUUCCAAACUCACUGUCUCAAGCUUGUGCUAAUUCAUAUGGCCAUAUGAAAUCCACAGUCAUGAACCAAGGUUUGUUGGUUUUCUGAGUCUUCCAUUCCGUGAUUUCAUCUGAGAGAUGAUGCUGUUGCAGAAAUAGGUACCAAGGAAGAUAACGUUGCCUUCAUGGGAGUUUUAUGCUUUCUAUUUUCAGACCAUCCCAUUCCUGGCAUGUGAAUUAUGUGUCACAGUUCCGGUGUCACUGAUAAGCACUGUUCUCUAGAGUUGCUCUGCUUCAAAGCCUUUCUGAGCCCCCAUCUUGUGCCUUUUUUGUCAUCUUCUUACCCAUGAGCCGUCAGCUGUGCUUGGAAAGCUGUGUUGCAUAUGCCUCAGGCAUCAUCAUAGGUAACACAAUUGCUUCUCUUUACGAUUCUCAAAACAGCAUGCUGGUAAUGGAACUGCCCCAGGGAUAGCAGGCAUGUGGGUAUAUUUUCACUGUUCCUGCAUCAAUUUGCUUACCUUUCUCAAGAGAAGCAGUUUUGAAGAGCAGAUGGAGCAGGGCUGUGUUCAGCCUGUUACAGCAGGGAGCUGUGAUGGUCCCCCUGACUUGUAGAAGUGGAAGCAUGCACUGAUACUGCUGUCUUAGUGAGUGAAGUUUGCUCUGUUCUCCCAGAAUUUCAGUCAUUCUGAGAUACGACAGGAAAGAGGAGCUCCUCAAAGACAGUGGUGUUCAAGGUGGAUCGGGUGCUUGCUUCCUACAGCAGCUUUUCUUCGGAGGUACUUUGUUACCAUUGCUGGUUAGAGUCAUAGAAACAGAAUGAAAGAGCUGGGAGAAGACAAUCCGCAAGCACUCGCAGAAGCUCCGGGAAGAUGUCGGCUAAUUGCUGUGCAGUGUAUCUGUUCUUACCUGUGCUCACCUGUGCUCUGAUGCGCAGCCGUUUGUCCAGUAACGCGUUUCCCCGCCGGGCGCUCCGCUUCCACGGCAGGGCCGAGUUGUCCGCUUCGCCUCUCCCGGUGCCCGGGAGGAGCAGCGCUGCCGCCUGGCGGGCAGCUGCCGUCAGAGCGGGGAGCGGAGCUUCGGACGGCUGCGGUGGCACCGCGGGGCCUCCGGGUGCCGCUGUUGGCCGCCGCUGCCGCCGCUUCCCGUCCCCGCUGGCUGCUCGCUCGCACGGCUCAUCUCACAGCGGACAGAAGAGACUCGGCGACCGAGCCGGAGCCCGCAUCGCUGCGUUCCGACCUCUUUCGGAGCUCGGGACGGACGGAACUCAGCUGGAAGCGCUGCGGGAGGAGGAAGGAGAGCGGCGAGCGCUGCUUCCAAUGGCGGGCGGGCGGCGAAGGAGACUCUGGAGAGCGGGAGAGGGGCUGCUGCCCGCUUUGCUGCUGUGCUGCUGCUGCUGUCGGGCGGCGCCGGAGCGGCUCCGCUACGCUAUUCCCGAGGAGCUGAGCAGAGGCUCGCUGGUGGGGCCGCUGGCGCGGGACCUGGGGCUGAGCCCGGCCGAGCUGCCGGCGCGUCAGCUGCGGCUCAGCUCGGAAAAGCGCUACUUCGCCGUGAACGGGGAGAACGGGAACCUGUACGUGAGCGAGAGGCUGGACCGGGAGGAGCUGUGCGGCGAGUCGGCGUCCUGUGCCGUCAGCUUCGAGGCGGUGGUGCAGAACCCGCUCAACGUCUUCCAUGUCGAAGUGGCCAUCCACGAUGUUAACGACAACGCUCCGCGCUUCAUGCGAGACAGCAUUCAGCUGGAGAUCAACGAGUUCACUCCUCCCGGUGCCCGCUUUGCCGUAGGGGUCGCCGAAGAUCCGGACGUGGGCUCGAACUCGCUUCAGGGCUAUGAGUUGGAGGACAACGAGUAUUUUGCGCUGGAGGUGAAGCAGAGCGAGGAAGGCAGCAAGUUCGCGGAGCUGGUGCUGCGCCGGGCGCUCGACCGGGAGCGCGAGCAAAGCCUGCGCCUGGUGCUGACGGCACUGGACGGCGGUGAUCCUCCCCGGAGCGGCACCGCCCAGCUCCUCAUCAACGUCACCGACGCCAACGACAACGCGCCUGUGUUCGCGCAGGAGCAGUACCGGGUGAGCCUGCGCGAGGACGCACCGCCGGGCUCCGUGGUGCUGCACGUCUCAGCUUCAGACGGCGAUGAGGGCACCAACGCCCGCAUCACGUACGGCUUUGGGGAAAUGCCAUUCAAAGUGCUGCAGAAGUUCGCGGUGAACGCCGAGAACGGGACGCAAGCUCAGCCUAACCCGGACUGGCGCUUCUCUCAGACCCAGAGACCUGGAACAAGUGGCUCCCAGAAUGGAGAGGAAGGUGGAGCCUGGCCCAACAACCAGUUUGACACGGAGAUGCUUCAAGCCAUGAUCCUGGCCUCGGCAAAUGAAGCCGCUGAUGUCAACGCAACCCUGGGUGGGGGCACAGGCACCAUGGGGCUGAGCGCCCGCUACGGCCCCCAGUUCACCCUGCAGCACGUCCCUGAUUACCGGCAGAACGUCUACAUCCCGGGCAGCACCGCCACGCUGAGCAACGCCGCCGGCAAACGCGACGCCAAACCCUCGGGUGGCAACAAGAAGAAAUCUGGCAAGAAGGAGAAGAAGUAGAAAGGAGACGUCAGAGCGGCCGGGCAGCGCGUGCCAGCACUCCCCAACACCACAGGAGGACGAAUGUGGAUUUGGUUUUUAUUUUUGAUUUCUCGGCGACGCAAAAGUUAUAGGAAGCGCUGCGAAUGUAUUUGUCAUCGUCAGAGCUAGGAGCAGGCUGCCUGCUGUUAGGUCUCAUGAUGAAAAGCAAUCUGGAAAGCUAAAGCUAACACAAACAAGUGCCCUGUGAAUACAGCUAACGUUUUAUACGACCCCUCGGGUGUUAGGAUACACGAGGUCGAAAGGCUUCGGCCAAAUCCUUGGCUUCGAUUUGCUCCCAGAUGGUCUGAGAAAGGCACGAGGCUCUCGCUCAGCUUCGUCCAGUGUAAAUAACUGUAACACCCAUCUGUUAAUUUAUAGAGCUUUGAUCUUCUUCUUCUUUUUUUUUUUUUUGAAAGAAAAAGGAAUUUCCCAGCAUAAAGCCCCGUGCUCCACAUUUUCUGCUCUUUGACAUCGUGAAACUCACCCUGGGUUAUUUGUUAGCGGUGGAUCUGUGGGUAGGGAGUGCUUCGGUUCCUGUUCAGCUGUUAUCCGAAAAAGAAAAGAAAAGAAAAAAAAAAAGUGUUUGUAUUGCAUGAGUCGAAGGGAACAAUGCAGAGCUGCAUCCUGAACAGUUAUUGUUUUGUUCUGUUGUUUUUUUUUUCCCCCUCAAGUACAACCAGCCAUGGCCUGAGAGCUCCUGGUGUCUGAGCAGGGGUUCAGCGUGGCCCUGGGGGGGCUCUGAGCAGACACAUCUCGUCCCUGCGUUGCAGUAAAUAUUUAUAUGUACAGUCAGUGUUCUUUUGGAAUUAAAGCUAUGGGGCUGGGAGGGGCUGCUCUGCGCCUCUCCGUGACCCCGCAUGGGUGUCACCUGCGUCACAGCUGCACUUUUGGAACACGCCUCCCCAGCCUCCAGGAUGUCCUCGCAUGGCCAUGCAGCAUGGGGUGAAGGUGCUUUGUAUGUGGGGAGUGGGGGGGAGAGGGCGGGGGGUUGUUGGGUACCGAGGAAAUGGCAGUGGGUUUGGUGGUACAUGAGGAGCAGGUUUGGGAUGGGGAUUUAUGGGCUGGGUGUCCCUGCAAUGGCAUGAGCCCAGGGAUCAGCUGGGAUGAAACAUUGGGGGGUGCUGGCUUUGGGGUUUCCACCUCCCAGAGGGAACAGGAGGACGACCAGUUGGAUUUCUCCAUGCUGUGCCCCUUCCAAGCGGGCUCAGCCCAGAGGAGUGUCCUGGUGGCCUUGGUGGUGCUGCUGGGGACACCUCAAGCUCCCCAUAUCACAGCAUCCGUGCCUCUCCCUCCCCCCAGAAAAGCAGAGAGGGAAUUUGGCACCCAAAGUGGGUGCGGGUGGGGAGAGGUUGGUCCCCCCCAAACCCCCCCAUAAGGGCCA